CGAACUUAACAUCUCUAGUCUGAACACUCUUUAUUAGAUUGUUAUUCAUAUCACUGUAAUUUGAAUUAUAAAAAAUCAAAACAAAACAUGGUUCAUCGGAAUUAAGCAUUCGGUUCGUUAGUGUUCAAGGUGGAUAAUGUUAUUAUACUUUUCAAUUUCAUGACUAUUAAAAAAUCAAGACUUAUAUAUCUGUGAUAUUAUAUUUGAUACAAUAACAAAGAUUUUUUUCAAACCUAAAAAAAUUAUUGAUUUUACAAAUUAAGCAUUUCAAAGAAUCAAAUAAUUUUGUAAGCUCAUCAAUGAUGGACAAUACAAAAUUACCUGGUUUGGCUGAAAUUCAAUUACCUAACUACAACCCAGAUAUUUUCAAUUUUGAUCCAAAUGUUGAACAAUUAAAUAUUUUAAAUGACUUCAAUGGUUAUAAUGAUGUUAUGAUAAACCAAAGUGAAGUUAGUGAUUUUUGUUUUACUAUGCCCAUGGAAAAUGGAAGAAUUGUGGACUUGAAUCUUCCCCCUACACCUGAAAAAGAUCAAGAAAAUCGUGAAACAUGUACAGCUGGAUCAGUAAAAUCAUCACCAACUGGUAUAAUACCUUGUCAAGAUGAAUUUGGUGGAAAUUUCAAUUUUGAAGUCUUAUUAGAUUCAAGUUCUCAAGCCUACAGACAAAAGUGGAGUUAUUCUGUAAAACUCCAAAAAAUAUUUAUUGAUAUUAAUAAAGUACUCCUUUUAAAUUUUAAGUAUGAUUAUGAUCAAAGUUUCAAUUGCCAACCUUUUUUUGUACGUGCUAUGCCAAUGUAUAGCUCAGCAGAUUGGUUAAAAGAACCUGUUGAAAGAUGUUUGCAACAUUUAUCUCCAAUCGAUCAGAUAAAUAAAGAUUUUCAUCAUUUAAAACAUGUUAUUCGCUGUGAUAACGACAAUACUGCUUAUCAUAUUGAUGAAAAAAGCAACCGUAAAAGUGUUGUUACUUUGUUAAGGCAGCCUGAGAUAGGAGCAGAUACAUCAAAGUUGUCUUACAGAUUUGUAUGUAAAACAUCAUGUGCUGGGGGUAUGCAACGUCGACCCAUCAUUGUAAUUUUUACAUUAGAAGAUCAGAUUGGUCAAGUUCUAGGAAGACGUGUACUUCCAGUAAAAAUAUGUUCCUGUCCUAAACGAGAUAUGGAUCGAGAAGAAAAUGAAACAAAGUUGAAAAAAAAUACUGUUUUUAGACGUACAAAAAGAUGUAUGACAACACACACAGAACGACAUCAUCACCAUCAUCAUCGUCAUGAUAAUAAUCCACUGCCACCUAAAAUGAUAAAGUUAGAAUCUACUGAUAUUACUGAAAGUGAAUCAGAUUGUGUACAAGAAAAAAAUUUUACACUGCCAAUUAACUAUGUAACAAAUUGUAAGAAAAAUUACAAAGCAAUAUUAGAAGGUCUAUAUACUUCUAUUGUGGGAGUUUCAUCACUACACAACAUUAAUGAUACUCAGACCAUAUUAGAAGAUUUAAAAUUUAGGCUAAAUAAUUUAGAAUGAUUUGCAAUUGUGAAUUUUGCAAUUAUUUAUUGUAUACUACUUGAACUGCCAUAAGUAAACUGAUUUUUAUAUUUGUAUUGUGUCUAAGCUAUUUUUAUUGACUGAAACAGUUCUGAGUUCAGUUAUCUAAGUAUAAAAUCAUGCCUAGUUAUGCUUCAAUGUUUAAAUGGUUAGUCUAUUUAAAUUUAAAUUUUUUUUAAUGUUUAUUUUAUAUUUUAAUGUGUUUUAAUUGUAUUUUUAAUGUUGUUGUCUUACAAAUUAUUUAUUUAUGUACUUCUUAGGGAAGUUAAUGAAUUUUCCUGCUCUAUGUUAUUUAAUUAUUUUUUUUAAAUGUAUUAUAUUUUAUUUUACAAAAUUGUUCCUUAAAAUAAUUAUUACUUAAU